GAAGAUGUCCUUGGGCCACCUCCUGAUAAUGAAGAUGUAGUCAAUGAUUUUGAUAUUGAAGAGGAAGUUGUUGAAGUAGAAAAUCGGGAGGAGAACCUGCUAAAAAUCUCCCGCAGAGUUAAGGAGUACAAAGUAGAAAUACUGAAUCCUCCACGAGAAGGGAAGAAAUUGUUGGUCCUCGAUGUUGAUUACACAUUGUUUGAUCACAGGUCAUGUGCAGAAACGGGAAUUGAGCUGAUGAGGCCCUACCUUCAUGAGUUCCUGACAUCUGCAUAUGAAGAUUAUGAUAUUGUAAUUUGGUCUGCAACUAAUAUGAAAUGGAUUGAAGCUAAAAUGAAAGAGCUGGGAGUGAGCACCAAUGCAAACUACAAGAUAACCUUCAUGUUGGAUAGUGCUGCCAUGAUAACUGUGCACACUCCAAGGCGAGGUUUAAUCGAUGUGAAACCUCUAGGAGUUAUAUGGGGCAAAUUUUCAGAGUUUUACAGCAAGAAAAAUACUAUUAUGUUUGAUGACAUUGGUCGAAAUUUUCUGAUGAACCCACAGAAUGGACUAAAGAUAAAGCCCUUCAUGAAAGCACAUUUAAACCGAGAUAAAGAUAAAGAGCUCUUAAAACUUACUCAGUAUCUCAAGGAAAUAGCAAAAUUAGACAACUUUUUGGAGUUGAACCACAAACACUGGGAAAGGGUACAAGUGCUCUCAGUAACAACAUUCAGCAACAGUUGUCCUAAAGCACCACACAAUUUGUGCUACUUUGGCCCACACUGUGGAAGUGUGAUAAAUACCCACCGAUAGUCCCUCAUUGUGCCGUUCUUGUGCUUGAAAGCAGGCUGCCUGUUUCAAAUUAAGGUAACAUAAAUGGUUCUGAAGGAACUAGAGCAGGCAUGCUAAUAUGAAAAACGAUAAUAAAUGCGUUUCUUAAAAUCA